AUGACGAAAUCAGAUUCAUUCAAAGUGGCCUUGAUUUGCUUACAGUAUGUCGUGCAUUCAGAAGCCGCUGGUCCAACUGUGGUGUUCGAACCGGCAAACGGAUUCGUUCGCGUAGGAACAGCAGAAACUAUCAAGUGUAGUCUACAAGCAGAUCCACCAAAACCACAAGGGACAUUCGGACUGGUAGACCUCAAGACCACCACUGACCUGAUCUUGCUCGACAACGUGACUGCUACAAUCAAGCCGCCCACGGAUCCUGGAACUUAUGCACAUGUGGGGAGCACGACAGUCGAGUGCAUAUUUACAAAGACUGAUGACGGAUCAACGGUGAAGGGGACCAUCACUGUUCGCGUCUUGCCGGCGAAAUUGGAGGGAACGCUGGACGGUGGCGCGAGUGGGAACCCGGUAUUACAAGUCGGUGAUACGAAAGAACUACAAUGCGAUUUGCUUCCAGCCGGCACUGCUGAUAAAUUGGCGGGCACAUGGAAGGCGACUCUGGAUGAGGCUGGGAAGACGUGUGCUGCGGUGACAGUUGCAGAACAAAAGGCGAACAUCAAGCCGAUAAAAGCGGGGGGCUACACGGAGCCAUGCUCGUUCAACGUCACUUGUGUGUUUUCCGCAACAGAGGGCGAGCAGAUAUACACAUUCACUCAAAGGGUUGAUGUCGUGGGUCUAAGACAGGACAACAGAGACACAAACACACCGACUAGUGAAAGCCGUUACAGCGAGCAAUGGUUUGCUGGUAAUGGCUUUCACAUUUCGCUGCCAAGUCAUUGUUUGGCCGCCUUUGGCUCUCCUCCACCCUUCACGUGGUUGUGCGAAAAGAGCCCUUCGAGGAAGUCGGUCGACUGGCAUACGCAGCACGUGACCAAGCCAGCGCAACCUAUGCAGUGUGAUCAGUUCAUCUAUCGAGGAAUUGCUGAUCCGGUGUCCCACCAGAUUCGGGCAAUGCUCCGAAGACGUUUUGCAUAG